AUGGCCACAUCGAUUCAGUUUACACGAUCUCCAGAAAACCAAGCACAAGAACAGGGCCAAACUGCAGCUGGUCAUCAUCGUCGGCCCACACCUGCACUAGAGAUUAAUACAGAUACAAGCAAAACAAAUGCAUUUUUUCACACGUCUUCCGACUCUUUAUCGACACCUCGUCCGCCACCAUCGCUCUCUCGCAAGAUAUCCAUAAGACAGAGUGUCCCGCCUUCAUCACCUACUUCGUCCAUACCAACGCCCAAAGACGACGAUCUAUAUCACCAUGAUAGUUAUGCCAGCCGUCUUCGUCAUUUGGUCGCACGUCAGGCAUCACAGGCACCUGCACCAUCGCCAAUUCCACAGCAUUUGUAUGCUACAGAGCCAUUACUAUCUCCCACGACACCCGAUUUGCAAACAGACGCACUCCAUAGCCUACCUACACCUCUGCCCAACACCACGGCCAACAAUAACAAACACUUUGUAUUCCCACCUCCUCCGUCUCUUCCCAUUGUCACAAGCGCAUCGGGUGAGCAAGACAUCCCAGUGCUGUCUAGCUUCUCAGGUACACCCACAACAGCGAUUCCUACGCUCUCUGAACAACCCAAUCUUGGAGAUCAACCCAAUACGAUACCCCAUACCCCAAACUACCACCUAGAAAUCAUCGACAUUGUCGGCAAAACCAUUGGCGGUUAUCACGUUAUCAAGUUGCUAGGUGUGGGUGCAUUUUCUCGAGUCUAUUUAGCAUCUAAUCCGCAUGGAAACUAUGUCGCUAUCAAGACCAUUCAGAAAGGAAAGUUGUUGGACGACCCUCGAGUGAGAUCAAGCAUAGAAAGAGAAGUAGGCAUUUUGAACUUUAUUGACCAUCCCAACAUUGUGCAUUUGGAAGCGACAAUGGAAACAGAGCAGCUGAUGUGUAUCGUACUGGAGUAUGUGGAAGGCGGCGAACUGUUUGACUUUGUUCAGAAAAUGCACCAUCAGUUGAGUUUGACACACUCGGCCGCCAACGAAGCACAAGUGAGAACAUUAUUUUUACAACUGUUACAUGCUGUCAAAUAUUUACACGAACACAACAUUGUCCAUCGAGAUCUCAAACUAGAAAACAUCCUGAUACAUAAGCAAUCCAGUGACGAAAUACUGAAAAUCACAGAUUUUGGUCUAGCUCGUGUGGUAGAUCCCGAGUCACCGUUACUAGUGACAAGAUGUGGUAGUGAAGAGUAUGCCGCACCGGAAAUUGUGCAACAGCAGGACUAUGAUGGACGAAAGACGGAUACAUGGGCAUUGGGCAUCAUUCUGUAUAGUCUGCUGGUAGGCUAUCUGCCAUUCAGAUAUGACCGACGUAAGGGUGAACGUGUAUCUCAGCUGUUUUACCGCAUUGUGAGAGCAGAGAUCAAGUGGCCCCACGAUUGUGUCGUUUCAGCUGAAGCAAAGCAAGUUGUCCAAGCAAUUCUAGAAAGAGAUCCGUCCAAGAGAAUUUCGUUGAAUGACAUCCAAGACUUGGCUUGGUUUCAUAAAGCAUAA